AGCAGCAAAGUUUCUCGCGAUACCCUCCAUGAAGCUGUGAGGGAGGUUCUACUGGGGGCAAGAAGGAAGAAGAGAAAGUUUCUGCAAUCCGUGGAACUUCAAAUCAGCCUGAAAAACUAUGACCCCCAAAAGGACAAGCGUUUCUCUGGCACCGUCAGGCUAAAGUCUACACCAAGGCCCAAAUUCUCAGUAUGCAUUUUGGGAGAUCAGCAGCACUGUGAUGAAGCUAAGGCUGUGGAUUUACCCCACAUGGAUAUUGAAGCUCUUAAGAAACUUAACAAGAACAAGAAGCUAGUGAAGAAGUUGGCUAAGAAGUUUGAUGCCUUUUUGGCUUCUGAAUCACUUAUCAAGCAGAUUCCUCGUAUUUUGGGACCUGGUUUGAAUAAAGCAGGAAAAUUUCCUUCUUUAUUGACUCACAAUGAGAACAUGGUGGCCAAGGUUGAUGAAGUCAAGUCCACCAUCAAGUUCCAGAUGAAAAAGGUCCUGUGUUUGGCUGUGGCAGUUGGUCAUGUCAAGAUGACCGAGGAAGAGCUUGUGUACAACAUCCACCUUGCCAUUAACUUCUUGGUAUCUCUACUAAAAAAGAACUGGCAGAAUGUGAGGGCCCUGUAUAUCAAGAGCACAAUGGGCAAACCACAACGUCUGUACUAA